AUGACUGACACGACCAGGGUUGAUGACGAGCGAGUGGCUCUGAAGACAGCACCUAGGGAGGAGUCUCGUUUGAUGGAGAGACUAGAGAAGCUCCAAGUUCCAAGCGAUUGCGAAGGACUGGUUCAGGAAGAGGAGCAAACAUUAGUGGAUGGAGCAGAGGGAAUGGAGGAUUAUGGAGCACGAGAGACGCUUCGACUUCUGUCUCGAGCGGACAUGGUUCAUUACUUGGACGUGAGAGGUGGCUGUGAUCUGAAGGCAUGCGAGUGCUGCUUCGACCGGGCAGUGAGCAGCCGCGCACAGUGCGCUCUCGACAUGGCCGACCUUAGCAGCUUUCGCCGUGAAAUGAAGAACUCGCUUUCUGAUUACGUCCCUGCUGAUCCACAUCCCCGUGCAUCCUGGUCCGAGCUCGAGUGGGAGAUGAGGUAUCCAGUGCGGGAGUCUGAACGCCUGCAGGGGAUGGCAGCGGUGGAGGAGCUGAAGAGGAAGGCAGCAUUCGCGCCUUUACAAUGUGCAGAAGCAAUGAUUCUCGAGUGGAUGGCUGAGCCUCGUGUGGGCGUGCUCAUGGACCUGGGGAGAUACCGCCGUGCGGUCAGCUUUGCUGCCUUCCUCGUGCUUGUAGCGAGCUCCCCAUGCAUUGUGACUCUAUGGAAGGCUCAGAAGGAGCUCUCUGGUACAACCUAUCCGCGCAUGGCAAUCGUACUGGGUGUCACUCGUCAAGAACAGCUGGACUGCUUGGCUUCCAUGCUGGUGCAGGUGCUGGGGGUGAAGGAGAGUGCUGAACUGAAGGAAGGGUUUGGGUUCUUUGUGCAGCAUGUGCUGUCAAGUGGGCUGGAGAAGGCGCAUGCGAAGAGGAAGGAGGGAGCUGAGGGAAAUACUUUUCAGAAGACGCAAAAUAGGGAAAUUGAGAAGAGGGGAGCAGGUGAUGGCGGAAAGGGUAAUGCAGGGGAGAAGAAAGGUGGCAGGGAUGGGAAGGAUGGGGAUUGGAAGAAGCAUUUGAAGGGGCGUGUGUGGGACAGGUAUGUGGAUGGCAUGGCUUGGAUUUUGGAGCGUGGAGGAGCGGAAUGGAGGCAGUUUGGGUGCACCCACUGCCAGAUGGGCGGCGGCAGCGGUGGUGGCAGCGGCAGUAUUGAUGGGCUUGGCUGUCGGGGCAACAAGGAAGGCAGGAAUAUUCCCAAGGGCAUGUAUGUGAGUGGCGUGGGUGCCACUGACUUCGCCUUUACAGUCGCCACGUUGUUAUCUAAGGCCGAGAGUUGCCCAGAGGCGCAAGUCUUCAUCCUAGAUGGAAACAACGUGAGCAAGACACGGGUGGAGGAUGCAGCUAUUGAAGAGGCGAGAGUGAGGCUGGAAAGAGAGAGGCCGAGGAGGUAUAGGCAGAGAAGGGAUAGGCGGAGAAGGGAGACGAGUGAGACUGGAAGGGGAUGUGGAGCCACAGGAGCAGGCGGAGGGGUGGCAGCAGGACAUGCACCUGCAGAUGCAGCUGCAGCUGCAGAAGCACCACCACUGCUAGCUGCCUCUUCUCCUGGCGCUGCUCCCUCAGCCGGAGCCCCAACUUCUGCUGCCUCCAGUGCAGUUUCCACUGCUGUGCGUGUGCCUGUCAAUUCCAACCCUUUUCUUGCAGCCUUCACGUAUCGGGUCAGUUGCAUCUUGCAGUGGGUGCGCAUCUACGGCUCGGAUUCCAUGUCAGCGAAGCAAUGCUUCAAGGACACGCCACAAGAGCACAACCUGCCAAUUCGCCACCCCUUUCACGACCUUCCGAGCCUGCUGGUCAGGUUCGGUGCCAUCCCCAAGCCUCUGGUUGGAGCCGAACAUUUCUGUGAGUGGGACGAAUGGCCCCAGGGCAGUGAAGAUGCCAUGAAGUUUCCUGAUGACCCGAAUGCAAGAUUCUUUGGACUGGGAAUCGUGGAGGAGAGUGAGGAGAGAGAGGAGAGUGAAGCGAGUGCCGAGAGUGAGGCAAGAGAGGAUGAAGAGGAGCAAGGUGAGGGCGGUGAGCAAACAUCUGUAAAGGCACCAAGACGAGGAGAAGGCAGCAAGCGCAAGGGUGGGAGGGGACGAAGUGGCGGACGAAGGGGGGCAACCAGCCAUAAGGGAGGUGGAAGGGGCGGAAGGAGCAACUGGGGUGGUCGCUCCCAGAGAAGCCACAUCAAUGCUCCAACACCUGUAGGCGGGAUGCUGACUUCUAGGAAAGAGCUUCCCAUUGCUCACUGCAGGGCGGAUAUAGACUUCAUUGUAGACGUCGCCAGCAGGUUGUUUCCUCCGCCAGCGUGUGCCGAAUGCGCAUCGUGCUUUUCCCGGUACAAAUCCGCCAUUCCCUUUGCUGCUGUCGUUGCCAACUUCGCGUACCUCCCCGCCUCUGUUCUCUUCAACCGCUUCGUCUAUGUCUUUCCACCGCCCUCCUUGGAGAUCACUCAGCUAGCAGACGCGCUGUGCUUGUACGACCCCUCCUUCUCAUACCUGCCUAUCCGUUUGCACCUGCCUGAGGUUCGUGAUCUUGCGGAAAAGCUGCCCAUGCUCCUGCUGCUCGUGAUCGCUCUGAAAUGGGCCAGGGAGAUUGCCAUGGUGCACGGGCGACUGGGAGCUGAGGGGAGGGUGGGUGAGCAGAAAAGUUCAAAAGGACGCAGGGCAGGGAGUGGAAGAAACGGAGUGGGGAAAGAGGAAGAGGGAGAGGAGGAGAAUGAGGAGGAUGUUUGGAAGGCGUGGGAGGAGGUGCGGUCGUGGUGCGCCACAGCGGUGAUGGCGUGGCCUGCGAGUGUGAGGGACGGACGCAAGUGGUACGACCCUGCGUCUAUCUCUGCAGGGCUCAGCUUGGACUGCAAGGGCAGCACGGAACCGCAGAGGGAGGAGGUCACCGGGCAGAUGAUGAUUGACAUGUUCCGGGCGGCAACACAGACAAGGCCAUUGCUGCAGUACCAAACCAUGCAAGUGCACAAGCUUCGGUUUCAAAAGCUUCUGGUCAUGCUGCUGACGAGGGGUAUCCGUGCGGUGCUGAGGGAUGUGACAGGGUAG